AUGUGGGCACCGAUUGUGAUUUGCUUCUUGGUAGUCUACUCAGCACACGCAUCGAUCAUAAUGUAUCCGGCAAGGGUAGGAGACCGUGUGCAGCUUUCUCUCGGCGACGAUGUUGUGACAUGGAAACGCGUAAGAAAUGAUGACGUUGAAGAGUUCAUCAAGUACUGUGCGCCAGGUGAAAAUGGGCCCAAAUGCAAAGGAUUUGUCACAAAGGACGAUAAACCAGCCGAACCGGCAUCGAAUGCCCAUGUUUAUGCCAACGGUACUCUCGUAUUUGAUCCACUGAAAGCAACUGAUGUCGGGCUAUACUCGUCACCAGAUCAGAAGCCAAUGGUCACCAAACACGAAGACGGAUCAGAGUCCUUCGCUCUUCGCGGUCACAUCUCGUUGGUACUUCAAGAGGAUUAG